UGGAAUCUAACCAACCGCUCAAACGCGGAAGUGGCACAAAACCAGAGAAAUAAAAACAUACAUGAUGACCAGCGAUUAGAUGUGUCUGAAAUGGUUUACUUUAUGUUGAUGUAUUUUAUUAUAAGAGUACACACAGAAUAGUACUUGUAUAUUUAAUCUAGCCAUGUUUUGGGUGUUUUCACGUGAGGCAGGAUGUUUAAAAACAUGUUUAAAUCAGGCUGUUUAGCGCGAACUGCGCAUGUCAUUCUGACCUGGCUCACAACAUUAGUGCUUUUUCUGCAUAACACAGAUCUUCGGAAAUGUCAGGAGCAAGGAGAUCUACUACAUCCUGUGAUGUUCAGCGCUUUAGUUCUGCUCUCAGUUCUGCUGUACUUCACUGUGUCUCUGAUGGAUCCUGGGUUUGUUCUGUCUGACAGCGACACAAAGGGAACGUCAGUGGAUGGCGAUGAAGAACUGGAGGAGAUGAUUCCUCAAGAGCAAAGCUCCUUAAAGCAGCGGCGCUGUGGAUACUGCUUUUUACUGCAACCAAUGAGGGCCAGGCACUGUAGGACGUGUAAGCGCUGUGUGAGGCGUUUUGACCAUCACUGCCCCUGGAUCGACAACUGUGUUGGUGAGAGGAAUCACCGAUGGUUCCUGCUGUAUCUGUGUGUGCAGUUUGCUGCUGUAUCUUGGGGUCUACAGACUGCAUGGUCUGGUGUGGUGUUUGCACCCACCUGGCAGCAGUGGUUCUCUCAGAACGGAUUCCUGCUCGGGGCGAUCGGCGUGACGGGGGUGUUUUCAGUGGUGGUGUUCAUCCUGCUCUGCAUUCACCUGUACCUGGCCUCCGCUAACACCACCACCUGGGAGUUCAUGUCCCGCCACCGGAUCCUGUACCUCAAACACUGUGACUCUGAGGAGAACCCGUUCGACAGAGGAGUGAUCUGCAACCUGUGGGACUUCUUCUGCGUCUGUAGGACGGUAGCGUGGGAGAGGAUCUACAUCAGACGCACUCACACGACUGUAUGACUGAUGUUUAUGAGAGAAACGUGUUUAACUGAGCUCAACAUUGAUUGUGUUUUACUAAAACUAAUGUGAUGUGUGUAUGGUGAUAUACUUGAUGUUGUAAACCUGCAGGGAACAUGUGCAGUGUCUACUUGAUCAAUUAACUAGCCUUUUGAUCAUUAUGUGCCUCAGUUACUGGUUGUUCUUUCACAUUACCAACAUGUUAAAACAUGCUAAAACAAAAAGUGCUAAAACAUGUUAGCGUUGUGUUAAAACAUGUUAACAACAUGCUAAAUCAUUUUAACAAUGUGUUAAAACAUGCUAACAAUGUGUUAAAACAUGUUAAUAUGUUAAUUCAUGUUAACAAUGUGUUAAAUCACGCUAGCAACAUGCUAAUUCAUGUUAGCAGCGUGUUAAAAACUUGUUAACGACAUGCCAAAUCAUGUUAGCAAUGUGUUAAAACAUGUUAACAUGUUAAUUCAUUUAUGCAAUGUUUUAAAUCAUGUUAGCAACGUGUUAAAUCAUGCUAGCAAAAUAUGCUAAUUCAUGUUAGCAACGUGCUAAAACAUUAACAAAGUGCUAAAACAUGUUAAAUCAUGCUAGCAAUGUUAAAUCAUGUAAACAAUGUGUCAAAUCAUGUUACAACAUUCUCUUUCAUGUUUGCACCAUUUUAACAACAGGUUAAAACAUUAGCAACGUGUUAAAACAUGCAAGCAACAUGCUAAUUCAUGUUAACAAUGUGAUAAAACAUGUUAGCAACAUGCUAAUUCAUGUUAACAGUGUGUUAAAACAGCAACAUACUCGUGCUUGCAACAUGUUAAUAACAUGUUAAAACAUUAGCAACGUGUUAAAACAUGCUAGCAAUGUGUUAAAUCAUGUUAACGAAAUGCUAAUUCAUGUUAGCAGUGUGUUAAAACUUGUUAACAUAUUAAAUCAUGUUAGCAAUGUGUUAAAACAUGGUAGCAGCAUGUUAAAUCGUCUUAACAUGUUAAAUCAUGUUAGCAAUGUGUUAAAACAUAACACCAAUGCUAAAUCAUGUUAGCAAUGUGUUAAACCAUGAUAACACCAAUGUUAAAUCAUGUUAGCAAUGUGUUAAAAAAAACAUGCUAGCAACGUACUCCAUGCUUGCAACAUAUAAAAACAUUAACAACGUGUUAAAAUAUGCUAGCAGUGUUAAAACAUGCUAGCAACAUGCUAAUUCAUGUUAACAGUGUGUUAAAACGACAUACUCAUUCAUGCUUGCAACAACUUAAAACAUUAGCAAUGUGUUAAAACAUGUUAGCAACAUGUUAAAUCAUGUUAGAAACAUGCUAAUUAAUGUUAGCAAAAUGUUAAAACAUGUUAGCAAUUCAGUAAGAUAUGCUAGCAACACGUCAAAAUGUUUGUAACAUGCUAAUUCAUGUACUAAGCAGUAUACUAUAACAUGUCAACAAAAUGCAAAAUAAUGCUAGACACAUGCUAACAACAUGAUAAAACUUGUUAGGAAGCUUUUAAAACUUGUCCUGACGAACUUUACUUUCUAAUUUUCCUUGUUUGUAAGACAAAGCCAGUUUUCUAAACUAUUUUCUACUUAUUAGGUGCAUAAUGUGUAUCUGUGACAUGGUUCUGUUCUCGUAACGAGGGACGGUUUGUAUCGUUCUCAAGAGUUUUAAUUGGUUUGUGACGUUACUUUAUAUAUGUGAAUAAAUAAACUUUUGCACACAA